GUUGAUUGAAAGUUGAAAUAUUAGCUACAGCAAAUAUAAGACCUAGAGUUCGUUAAUUCUUACUAUCAUCUGAAGUUACAUCAUCAAAGUCGAUUGAGUCAAAUUAAUGAUGGCUGCACCACCAGUUUUAGAAACAGAGGCUGAAUGGAGAAAAAGGUUUAGAGCUGAUCUGAAAGUUGCCACAUGGCAGAAGUUAACUUUGGAGUCUGGAAAUUAUAUGAUCAAAUCAUUCUUCACACAAAAUUCUUAUGAAAUUCUUAUCACUGAUCUGUGUUCAUUCUGGUUUGAAAGUUUGACAGAGCUUGAAAUCAAAAGAAGAAUUCAGAAAUUAAAUCCCAGUAUAGAAGCACCAUUAAUGAAAAUAUUAGAUCAGAUAAGAAAUACAGUGAAUAAUCCGAGUGGUAACAGUAAAGAUAGUGAAUUAACUAUAUCAGUUCAAAAUAAUAGUAAUGGUGAACAAGCCUGUAUCUUCUCUAUAAACUCUAAAUUAGCUGGUAUGCCUUUUGUCUGGAAUUUUGUCUGUCAUCCAGCUGAUCCUAAAAUGACUACAGAACAUCUAACAGUACCUCUUAUGGAAAUGGUAUCAGAACUUUUAAGAAGACAGCAAGAGUUAUUUAGUAUCAUAUAUAAAAAAGAUAAAGAAUUAGAAGAUUAUAAAGCACAAGGGGCCAGACCAAGCAGACGGUAUAUUCAGACCUCACCAUUUAAUGCCAUUGGAUUUUUCCACAAUAUGAAUGUAUCUGCUGGAUUUGAAUCUGAAAUGAGGAAGAAAGGAAUGUAUGUAUUUAAUGAACCUGGUGGUAAACUGUAUGAAGCUGUGAUGAUAAAAAAUGCCUGGAUAAAUAAGUCACCUGCUAAAAGGAAAGUAGAAGAUGAACUAGAAGAAAUAGAUAGUUUAACAGAUGAUAUACCUCCUAAAGACAGUACUAGUGUUUCAUCUUGGUCUAAUAGACUACCACCUUCUAUGGUGAAAUCAGAAUCACCAAAUUCUUCAACUCAUAAUUCACCAGCUUCAUCACCUGCCAAGGAGGAGCUUUUACGACGUGAACAGUUAGAAAAAAAUUUAAUGGAACAACAAAUGAAAAAACAAGAUCAACAAAAGAAGAAAAAGAAAAUAGCCUUUUAA